UGUUUAAGCGAAAUUUAUUGUUCUAACCUCUUAAUGGGAGAGUUCUGUAUGCGAGAAAGUGUUUGGAAUAACAGGUGCUUAGUUUGUUGUGAACAAUGGAUAAUUAUAGUUAUUGGAACUAUUGGAAGCGGCCCAUGAAACUUCAUGAACUCAUGGCAGAAAUUGAAAACAUUGAUGACGAUGAGUUGAUUCCUGAUACUAUUGCCGUUCUACCGCCAGUUAACGCAAAUGAAUAUAACACUGAUGAGGAUUCCGGCGACGAAAAUGAAGUGGAUAUAAGCAACCUCCCUGGAAGUCAGCUGAUGACUGAAGUUGAGGUUGUAUUUGAAAACAAGGGAUCAAACCAAACUACAGUUGAGAGUGAUUUUGAUAGCGACGACCUUUCUCUACCUUUCUUACGAAAAAAGGACCAAAAUUAUCAAAACCAGGUUACUCUUGGAAAAAAGGUGACAUCAACCAAGAUUUUCCAGAAUGGGUAAACGCAAGUGGUCCAAAAAUUCUUUAUCUCCUUUAG